AUGGCCGCCCUGGUCACUUCCGCGGCAACGCUCGCAUUGGUGUCUCCUCGCCUGCUUCGCACACCACAGGGACUUGCGAUCUACCCCCCAGUGUUCAACUUCACCCCCCCAAACGCCAACGUGUUCAACGACUCCUCGCUCGACGAGCACGUGCCAGGCGGUUGUGACGAAAAAGAAAUGAGCCACGUGGCUCGUUUGCUGGCAAGUAGCUUGAACACGACAGCGGACCCGUGCAAGGACUUCCACUCGUACGUGUGCAGCGGAUUCAAGCGAACCGUACGCACAUCUUUGCUCGAUGAAAUCGAAAAGAACGUGACCUCAGCCAUCUCUCGCUUCUUCCUCCACGUAGCGCGUCGAGUCAAGAAGUCCAUGCCAGAAGCACUAUCAAAGGCACUGGCAUUCUACAGGAGUUGCGUGAAGCCCAUCCACAUGGAUGGAAAGACUCACGUCUUGGCGUCUUUCUUCAAGGAGCAGGACUUCUCUUUCCACACUAAGAUCAACGGCUUCUUGGAGACGACACUUGAGCUUCAGCUGAAGUUCGGCCUCCAGAUUUUCUUCACACUGAUGGUGGACCCUUAUCCGCGCUUUCAACAGACUUUCCGUUACGUCUACCUCGGUUCCAGUCGUCUGUACGAAGAAUGGAAACUGGUCAGGAAGACUUUGUUCAAGAGCGGCACGUACGCUAGGUUUGCGAGCGCUGUAAUUAUGGCCACGGGUUUUGACGGGAACGCUACCUCCGACCUCGUUCGCAAGAUCUGGUACGUUGAGUCGAAACUUAUGAGCCGCGCCAUCAAGCCGAAUAAGGAGCUCAGUAGGAGCAAGCUCGAGGCCAAAUGGAAGGAACUGCUUCACGUUCACUCUCGGGGAACAUUCAUGGGGCCAUACAAGCUCAGCUUGCGGUCGAAGCCAGCCGGGUUCUUCCACCAAAUGAUGUUCAAGGCUAACGAGGCGGAACAAUCAGUCUACAUCACCUGGGAAGUGGCGCGACACCUGGCCACCGCGAGCGGCUUCGUUGAAGUAGAAAGCAGCCAGGACAGGCAGACUUACUGUUUUGAGAUGUCCUACACAAUCUACGGUCCUGCGAUUUCCGCUCCUGUCCUGUUCCCAUCCGUCAACAGGAGCAGGCUACGCCAAGUCCGAACAAUGAUCAGGGCGCUGGCGAGUGAAAUUUACUCGAGCAUUGAGGACUCGGACUGGCUGCUACCUGAGACUAAGGCCAAUUUGACUAGAAAACUUCGGUUCGUCACAUGGAAACUCGGCUACGAUAAGAAACUUGGAGGAUGGCCCAGCCUUAAAGAUUACUAUAAAAGCUACCCGUUCGCCUCGGGCAUAUUUCUAGCGGACUACGUCAACACGAAUGCAGCACACGUGCAAAAAUUUUUUGAACUUACGCGUCACCGCCGAGAUGUGGACUUCAACUUCAGAAGCGACGUUGUGGGCGCGUUCUACGAGGGCCCCAACGUCCUCGUAGUCCCUGCUGCUUCCAUGCUGACCCCGUUGUUCAGCUACGGGGGCUCACCGGCGAUCAACUACGGCCUAUUGGGCAGUGUCAUCAUGCAGAACUUGAUGCGCGCCUUUGGCCACAACAAUAUGUUGACCGACGGGUUUGGCACCGCGAUCACCUGGUCACCCGAAGAACGGGCAGAUUUUGAGGACCGGUACCACUGCGACCUCAUGUCGGAAGUCCGAGACAGUGAGGUUGAUCCACUGGCCGGCGUGUCAGUUGGCGCGCAGGCGUUCUUUCGGGCCUACAAGAGGGCGUCCGCUGCUCGAGGCAAUCGCAUUUGUGCGCUGCCGGGAUUCGGAAAGCACACCAGUGACCAGUUGUUCUUCAUGAGCCGCUGCCUGCUUCGCUGCCACGACGUUCCGGGUACCACAGACGGCUUCCAUUUAGAGGACCACGCGUGCAACCUGAUGGCGAAGCACUCAGCUGAGUUCACCAACGCCUUCCAUUGUCCAAGAGACCACAGCGACGUCUUUUGUGACAUGUGGUAG